AUGCCGACCAUCUUUGGGAAGUCCGGCUCCACCGCCGGCCGCGCCAAGGCCCGGCACAAGUCCAUCCGGGGAACCAUCUCGGCUCCGAUUCCAAUUCCCGCAACUCCGGUAGAUGACGAGUUCCCCAUUCGGAAUCCAGGGUCGGCCAAGGCCUCUCUGACAGCGGACGACGAGUUUCCGAUGCGUUCGCCGGGCACCGGGAUCGCGUCGCCUCUUCCGACCACCGAUGGCCCGGGAUCAUCGCCGGAUGAGCCCCCUGAGCAGCAGGGAGAGCCGCGUGAGCACAAGGUUGGGCAACGUCAACGAUCCAGAGAAGGCCUGUCUAGUCCAGAGAGUGCCGCCGAAAGUGAGCGCGACGAGGAGAAGGCCCGGGCGGCCUCAGUCAGGGGCGGCUCCGGGGGCACCGACUCGCCGUCGAAGGCUUCGCCACCGACGAGGAGGGCGACCGCGACCAACCCCGUGCUCAAUAACGGCAGGUAUUCCAUAGUCAGCGACGCCACCAGCAAGCAUACGACCCAGAGCAGAGACUUCCCGCUGCGGAAGAAAUCUACUUUGCGGUCCGCACUAGGGCGGCUGUUCGGCCGCGGUAAGAAGAAGAGUACCAGUGGGAACCAGGACGAUGGUAGUGCUUCCGGACGCGAAUCCAGGCCUCUGGGUUCUCUACAGCAUCGAAGCGAUCCCACCGCCCUCGGCCGCGGAAACCAGAGGUCGCCCAACCGUUCCGCCUCGCUUCCCAUAAACGAGUUCGAUCGGCCACUCCGGUCACAUUCCGUUGGGCCAGACGACAUCAUGGCCAUCGAGAGCGCACGCAACUCGCUGCAUGCCAACCCGGACAGCGCGGCGAUCCGGCGGCGCGCCGCCACUACUGGCGGCCAUACUCUGCUGCGGCCACACCUCUUCAACCUAGAAUGGGGCGCGGGCUUGUCACCACGACCAGCAAGCGCCCAUGGCCGCGCCAGCCGCGCUGGUGGUCGGGCUGGCAGCGAUGAUCCCAACGAGAUUGGCCGAGCAAUUACCAGCGACAGCGGCGGUGGCCACCGAAGACGGUCCCGGAGCCUUUCCGGGUUGCAGGAGCUCGUCGGGAACCAGCACGGAGGGCGCCGGCGUAGCGACGAGAUACGCUACUGGCGCGAGUCGUACGACCCAGGUUUCAUGUCGCCCCUGUCCUCGAAUGCCCAGGACGAUGUCGAUGACCCCGGCGUGGCGGAUACCAGCGCACCCGAGAGCCCCGCUACAGAGAGACCUCCCAAGACGCCGCCUCAGCCAUUCAAUUUUGGUCUCUUGUCGAAGGAGAUGAUCGGAAUGAAGAUCACGCACGCCGCGGACAUGGAUACGCGUCUGGGGAACCUCGAAUCCCGUGCGCUGCAACUGGAGCGCGUCGUCGAUAAGCUCUGCCAGGCGGUGCCGGGCGUUAAGCGGUCGGUCGACUCGAAAGAUCUGCCCUUGGCUGCUGGCUCGCGCCCUUCGCUGGAAACGGAAACGCAAUCGCAGGUCUCUGCUGGCGACUGUCCGGUUUAUACAUCGUCUCUCCGCCCGCCGCCCGCGUUGAAGAACAAGGUCCAGACGACCACCAGCCGGCCUACCUCCAGCUCCACCCUCCGCGGCGCCACCAGCGUGCCCGCCCUGAACCGCGCCGCAGCCAACGACGCUGGCACUGCCUCUCUCGAUGAUUUGGUUGCCAAACUCCGAGCCGACCUGGAAGCUGAGCGGGCAGCCCGCCAGAUCCUGGAAGCGCAAGUCAAGAAGCUCUCAGACCGCCUCAACACCCUGUCCACGACCAUGUUUGCCAUGGUCCGCGGACCUUCGGAAUCGAGGUCGCAGGAGCGACUGGCGUCGCAUUCGGUAGGCGGCAGCUCGCCGCUGCUGCUGACACCCAAGACAACUGUGCCCGCCCCGCCCCCCCUACCUCAGGAGCCGCUCUCGGUGUUCGAGUCGGACGAUGAUGACGACGACGACGACGAUGGGGGAAAGGAGGAGGCAGAGCUGCCGCCCUCGAAAAGCCGGGGCAAGGCGGAUGCAGGAGAGGGCAGGAGAGGGGUUGUCAACUCUCGUGCGCCCAGGGAGGAGCCGGCGCCGAUAGUGACGUAUGGCGCGUUUGGGGAGGAGCUCAGGGAGGACGACGGCGAAGACGGGGACGGGGACGGCGGGGACGCGGCGGACGAUCAAAAGAGGAAGAAGGCAGCGAGAACGCUGAGUCUGAGCCAGCUCACCAUGGGAAAGGGGCAGCGGACCAAGGUAUGA